AUGUCACUUUGCCUGGAGCAGCGUCUGGCGCAACGGCAAGCCAAUGUUUUCGCUAUCUGCCCCACCGCUAUGUCACUUGGACCUACACCUGCUACAACUGACUGCCGCAACUUGAAGCAGGGUACUCAGCCACGGAAGGCCAACAGGAACUGCAUACGACGCUACUGCAAGCAGUGUUGUGAGGUGGUGGGAGGGUGUAGGGUCCACCGAGUCGCAUCCAUAUCUCCUCCAGUUGCUGCUCAACAGCAUGAAAGCUCGAUCAUACCACCGCUUGCCACCGUUAACCCUACAUCUACUCAGCUUGACCACCCUCCAGUUACUAUACCUGAGGGCCCCUCGACUACAUCCCAAUCUUUAACUACCACUCAGUCGCUCCCAGCUGCUUCACGAGUUUAUGCCCGGCCGUUAGACCCCAAUUACGCACGGAACUAUGUUCUUGGGCACCAGCGGACGUUGGUGGCUGAACAGCGCUUUCAAGCCGACCAAAGUCUGAGUAUCAUGAUCCGCAAUAUGAUCGAUGUAGUCCUCUGGUUGAAGAACAACGACCCUCCCCACCUGGUGAGGCUUACAUGCACCACACCUGGAAAGUUCGUGCCAGGAGACCAUUCGCUAUUGAUGAGAUUCGACCUCGGAGACUAUAUCGCAGUAUAUUGCAGUGAUCAGCAUGCCUGGAUCGAGCAAGACAUUAAGACUCCACUUCUCAGUCCCCCGAAUUCAACCAUCCUCCUCCGCUCUAUUGAUCUCACUGACAAUCACACGCUACACGGAUUCACUGAGAGGGUCUUAUCCCUUAGUCGCACGCCUGCAACCGUCCAAUCUCCGUCAAAGCGAGCCUUUAGUGCCACGGGUAUGCAUCUCUCCCGAUUGGAUGGGAUCACCUCGCCGUUGAAGUGGCAGAGGAAUGCCAGUAGUAACAAUGCUGCGAGCCGGGUUCUCAUCUCUCCGCAGUUGCCCACUCCUUUACCGCUUAUCGAAUCACCUAGUCCCACCGUGACGUCACCUCUGUCACUCACCGCAGGUGACUCGGACACAUCACCUGCGUCAGCCACGGUCCAACCUAACGCCUCUGCUACUGUCCCUCCAGAUGAUCAGAUGAUCCAGACCCUCUUCGCUACUACUUUUCCAAAUUGCACCUAUACUAAGGCAACAUUUUAUAAGCAUCGUGCCGCUUAUCGGGCAGCUAUCAGGAACUCGGGGGAUAAGGUGGAAUAUGCCGUCAAUGCAGGAUAUAGUCCCGCUGGCCUGUGGAACACUCUCUUGGCGGAAAUCAAAGCUAACACCCUCAGUCUUACUGGUAGUAAUGGCCUGGGUAGCGUCUCAAACUCGGAUGUGAAGUGUCAUAUACUGCCUCCGAGUUUACUAUCAAUGGACCCAUCUACCACUGACACUGAAUUACUCCUUACUCCGAGUUUACUACCAGCAGACCCAUCUACCACUGACACUGGAUUACUCCCUACUGACUUAACCGGUGAUAUGAGUGAUGCUCUUGCGUCACUAUUCUGGAGCAUAGAGGAGAUGAACCAUGAUACCAUAGCAACCACCAAUUCUGAAUUUCCAUUAGAUUUUACGAGUUAUCCCCAAAUUGAUCCCUUUCCCGUCGAUACAUUUCCCGCUUGGUUAAAUGAUCCCUCUCCUGUUGCACGGUGUACCAAAAUCAUUCUCCAGUCGACCGACAACGCAUGGGAGCUCAUCCAUUACAGGUUGCACGGUGUACCAAAAUCAUUCCUGUUGACUGAUGCUCUGAAGGCGGCAUAUGUACGGCGCGUGCAGCCUCGGCUUUCUUGGGGAUCUAUUGGAGGCAGGGUUGCCGUAGUGUAA